UCGUGUCAGUUGCAGAAAGAAGUUGGACGCGCGCUCAUGUUUAUCUGAGGAAGCCUAGCGCAUGCGCUCAGAGAGAAACGCACAUUUUCUGGGAAAAAUCACUCCGCUGCAGAUCUUUUUGAAUUAGACUGGUGUUCCUUUUAUUUUUCACCGACAAGAAAUUCCAACAGAUCAAAAUGAUGACCAAACAAUUUGGAAAGAGUGGGGAUGUGAGUGAGCUGGUGAGCUCCCUCGGCUGGCUCGAGGAGGAUGACGGCAGCUCACAGGAUGGAGAGGAAAGCCAAGGCCUGACUCUGGGUGGACGAAUCCGCUCCUGCACAGAACUGGGCAGUGAGGAUAUGGAGGAAGAAGAGGAGGAGGAGGGCGAAGAGGAGCAAGAGAUUGGACCCAAUGGAGAACAGGCUCCCAAAAGGAGAGGCCCUAAGAAGAAGAAAAUGACCAAAGCAAGACAGGAGAGGUUUCGUACCAGGCGAGUCAAAGCCAACGCCAGAGAGCGGUCACGUAUGCACGGGCUCAACGAUGCCCUGGAAAGUCUGCGUAGAGUGAUGCCCUGUUUCUCCAAGACGCAGAAGCUGUCAAAGAUUGAGACUCUGCGGCUGGCACGCAACUACAUCUGGGCUCUGUCGGAUUCGCUUGAGACCGGCCAGUCCCCCGAGAGCCAUGGCUUUGUGGAGAUGAUGUGUAAAGGUCUGUCUCAGCCCACCAGUAACCUCGUGGCCGGCUGCUUGCAGCUGGGACCAAGUCCCAUGAUGCACAGCAAGAUGGACGAUAAGUGUGGAGGCCCGGCGAUGGGCGGCGCGGGAGGUCAGGCUACCCAUCCCCUCAGCUAUCCGUCUCCAGGCCUUCCCAGCCCCCCCUACGGCUCCCUGGAGGCUUCCCACCUCCUCCACAUGAAGGGAUUCAAGGGGCCAUAUGACAACCCCUCCCCAAACGAGUGCAGCAGUGGCACUCCACCAUACGAUGGACCCCUCACUCCCCCCCUGAGCAUCAGCGGCAACUUUGCCCUGAAGCAGGAGCCCUCUCCACGCGAGUCGGAGAGGAACUACACAUCCCACCUCGGCCACCACGCCCACUACCUCUCGUCCCACCAUUACCCCACCUCCGUGAAUGGCGGCCUACCAGGAGGGCCUCAGGUCCACCCUCUUUUUCAAGCAUCCCGCUAUGAGCUGCCCCUGGACGUGGCCUUUGACUCCUUCGCUCCCGCUCACCUGGCCUCUCAGAUGGGCAACAUCGGGAAUGUGACCAUGAACAGUUAAGAGGCCCGGUGAUUGACUCUGCAAUGAAAUGAGAAGCACUGCUCUUAAAUGAAGUGCAACUGUAAACAUGAUGGUAGAGAUAAAUGGUUUGCAGUAUGUCGUCUAGUACCCUGCAAGAGCACCAAACACUCCGAGAGAGACUCACCACCUAAACUCAAUCUACCUGAUACAAACAAGCACCCAUAACUGUUAUUAUUUUAUUUAUUAUUUUUUAGCUAUGAUUAUGUUUAAUUUUGAUUGUAAUUAUGUCUGAAGAAGUUGCCCCUUCAGUUGACUGAGUGACUAAAGAUCAUUUGACCGAAUCAGACAUCCGCACUGAUGCAUUACACAGAUGUUUCAAGUGUAGAAAAUGAACAAAAGAACUUUGCAUGCCUGCAUAAAGAAGGUCUCACCCUAAACCUGGGACUGAGGACUACAGCAAAUGUCCCCCUUGCCACAAGAAACCCCAAUGCAUUUAUUUAUAUUUAAUAUUUAUUUUGAUAAUGUCUUGUCCUUUUUAUAUUUUUUUCCACACUGAUUUUGUCUCACUGUUUUCUUGGUUUUGUUGUCUGUCAUGAGCAGCUGUACUGUAUUUAAUUUAUUUAUUUGAGGUCUUUCAGGUACUGGUUCAUUUUGUGUCACGGUUUUUGUCAUAUUGUACUGUUGUAAAUAUUUUACUGUUUCGCACUUAAUUGAAUAAAUAUUCUUAUAUUAUAUGAUA